UAAGCAUUUUUUUCACAAAAAAUACGCUUAGCAGACAUUUACGCUCAAAACUCUGCUCGAGAAUUGAGCGAUAGAAAUUUUAGUGAGAGAAAGGGAGGGGAAAGAGAGAGGGUGAUGGUUUGGAGUUGCUCAUCCGCCAUGGAUAUAGUGGCUUGGAGAGGGCUGAUAUAUGCUGGGUUCUUACUGCAUUUCGUGUUCGUCUGCCAGCUCCUCCUUCUUCAACCUCUGGUUUCAGCUCUGGAUGGAAAACCGGGUAAUGCAGCUGAGUUGUUUGAGAGGGUUUCACAGAGUAUAAAGGUGAAGCGUUAUAGCGAGGCACUUAAUGAUCUUAAUGCUGCUAUAGAGGCGGACCCAGCACUUUCAGAAGCAUAUUAUCAUCGGGCAUCCAUUCUUCGUCAGAUAUGCAGAUAUGAGGAAUCUGAGAAGAGCUACAAAAAGUUUUUGGAGCUAAAACCACAAGAUUCAGUUGUAGAAAAGGAGCUUUCUCAAUUGAUUCAGGCUCAGAACGCUCUAGAUACGGCUGUGACUCUCUUUGAAACAGGCGACUAUGCAAAAUCUUUGGAAUAUGUUGAAAAAGUUGUAUUGGUUUUCUCUCCAGCAUGCCCAAAGGCCAAAUUAUUGAAGGUGAGAUUGUUGCUAGCAACUAAAGAUUAUUCUAGUGUCAUUUCUGAGGCUGGUUACAUUCUGAAAGAUGAGGAUAAUCUGGAUGCAUUUUUACUUCGCGGCCGUGCCUACUACUAUUUGGCUGAUCAUGAUGUUGCCCAAAGGCAUUACCAAAAGGGUCUCCGUCUAGAUCCAGAGCAUGGUGAACUGAAGAAAGCGUAUUUUGGACUGAAAAACUUACUCAAGAAGACUAAAAGUGCCGAAGAUAAUGUAAAUAAGGGCAAGCUGCGUGUUGCAGUAGAGGACUUUAAGGCAGCCUUAGCGUUGGACCCUAAUCAUCUUGCACAUAAUGUACAUCUUCAUCUUGGCUUGUGUAAAGUUUUGGUCAAGCUUGGCAGGGGAAAGGAUGCUUUAAGCAGUUGCAAUGAAGCACUUACAAUUGAUGAGGAACUUCUAGAAGCUUUGGUUCAGAGGGGGGAAGCUAAACUUCUGACAGAGGAUUGGGAGGGAGCUGUGGAAGAUCUCAAAUCAGCAGCUCAACAAUCGCCUCAGGAUAUGAAUAUUCGAGAAGCAUUGAUGAGAGCCGAGAAAGCCUUAAAGAUGAGCAAACGCAAAGACUGGUACAAGAUUUUGGGAGUUUCAAAGACCACAUCUAUAUCUGAGAUUAAACGUGCCUACAAGAAGCUCGCUUUGCAGUGGCAUCCGGAUAAAAAUGUCGAGAACAGACAAGAAGCAGAGGACAAGUUCAGAGAAAUUGCUGCUGCAUACGAGGUUCUUGGUGAUGAAGACAAACGUACGAGAUAUGAUAGAGGUGAAGAUAUUGAAGAAAUGGGAAUGGGUGGUGGUGGCAGCGGUUUUAACCCUUUUGGUGGUGGUGGUGGUGGUGGUGGACAGCAAUUUACUUUCACUUUCGAAGGGGGCUUUCCUGGCGGUGGCGGUGGUGGAUUUGACUUCCAGUUUUGAUUGCCCCUCAAAAACGCGCUCCUUCUCUUCUCAUGCUUGCACAAGAGAUAAACGGCUGUGCCAUUCCAAAGGAGCCCCCAGAGCAGUUUUACUAAUCGCUGACAGCUUUUCAGUGAGAUAUUUUACGGCCACCCCAAAAGGUUUGAUAGGUUUUACAUGGAUUUUUCGUCCAUUGAGCGUUGCUACUCCGAAACAUCAGGAGUUUAGAACUUAUAUUAGUUGAUGAAACGAAAUUUGAUGAGACCAUUUCUGUAUAUUUUGCCAUGUACCCUUUCGAUAAUGGUUUCUCAUCAGACUCUGCAUGGUUCUUUUUAGGAGGUGAAUCCUUCUAGUGAUUUUUUUUUAAUAACAACAGAAAUAUGUUCGUUCAUUAAACUGUAUUAUCAGAUAUGAUUAGUAAAUUUUUUUAAUUAUUCUUUUA